CGAGGGCCCGGGGCGGCCGCUCGGGGAUAGCAGGCGGAGCCCUCGGCCGCCGAGCCGGGAAGAUGCUGCUGUCCCUGGUGCUCCACACGUACUCGAUGCGGUACCUGCUGCCGGGCGUUGUGCUCCUGGGCACCGCGCCCACCUAUGUGCUGGCGUGGGGGGUCUGGAGGCUGCUCUCCGCUUUCCUGCCCGCUCGCUUCUACCAGGCAUUGGACGACCGGCUCUAUUGCAUCUACCAGAACAUGGUGCUCUUCUUCUUUGAGAACUACACUGGGGUGCAGAUAUUGCUAUAUGGAGAUUUGCCAAAAAAUAAAGAAAAUAUUAUAUAUUUAGCAAAUCAUCAAAGCACAGUUGACUGGAUUGUUGCUGACAUUUUGGCCAUCAGGCAGAAUGCUCUUGGACAUGUGUGCUAUGUGCUGAAAGAUGGGUUAAAAUGGCUUCCAUUGUAUGGGUAUUACUUUUCUCAGCAUGGAGGAAUCUAUGUAAAACGAAGUGCCAAAUUCAAUGAAAAAGAAAUGAGAAACAAGCUGCAGAGCUAUGUGAAUGCAAGAACUCCAAUGUAUCUUGUAAUUUUUCCAGAGGGAACAAGGUAUAAUCCAAGACAAACAAAAGUCCUUUCAGCUAGUCAGGCAUAUGCUGCUCAACAAGGUCUUGCAGUAUUAAAACAUGUGCUGACGCCAAGAAUAAAGGCAACUCAUGUUGCUUUUGAUUCUAUGAAGAAUUAUUUAGAUGCAAUUUAUGAUGUUACAGUGGUUUAUGAAGGAAAAGACAGUAAAGGGCAGCGAAUAGAACCACUGUCCAUGACUGACUUUCUCUGCAAAGAAUGUCCAAAAAUUCAUAUUCAUAUUGAUCGUAUAGACAAAAAAGAUGUCCCAGAAGAACAAGCAUAUAUGAGAAGAUGGCUUCAUGAACGUUUUGAGAUAAAGGAUAAGUUGCUUAUAGAAUUUUAUGAUUCACCAGAUCCAGAAAGAAGAAAUAAAUUUCCUGGGGAAAGUGUUAAUUCCAAACUAAGUCUUAAGAAGACUUUACCAUCAGUAUUGAUCUUAAGUGGUUUGACUGUUGCCAUGCUUAUGACCAAGACUGGAAGGAAACUGUAUGUGAGCACGUGGCUAUAUGGGACCUUAUUUGGCUGCCUGUGGGUUUCUAUCAAAGCAUAAACAGCAGAGAGCAUUUUCUAGUCAGUGGGAUGUGCUACUGUGUCUGUUAUUAGUGGCUGCAUAUUAUAUCAACUGUUUCCUGAAUUUAAUAAGAAGUAUUAAUAAAGCCUUGUUGAUUGAACAUUGGAUAAAAUAGAAUUUGUGACUAAAGCUGAUAUGCAGUUGGUCUUGGGCAAACAUGCAUGGUUUUACAACUUUAGUAACUGGAGCUACUGAGAAGGUAAAAGCAAAUGGAGUUCAUGCUGUUCUUUACAUUUCCCAUGAACUAAUGUCAACUUCAGAAGAUUAUUAGGAUUGUAUAAUUUGUUACUGUUUUGUAAUUCAGAUGGCUGUAUUUUUUAACAUUAAUUUGCAGUAUAUUUCACUAUAUUUGUUAUUUUCAAUUUAUUACAACUUUGAUAGCUUCAUACUCUCCCACGAAAGUAGGAUUUUGCAGCUAUGUAUUGUAUUUGCUUAAUUUCUCCUAGUCAGUGAAAGAAAAUUGUAUUUAAAUAUCAAUAUAUUCAAGGAAAAGGGCAAGAAAUGCUUAUGGGGAGAAAGCUCGGUUUAGCACAUGUUUUUAUUAUAUUGUAUUAUUAGGCGAUUUUAUUUUAUAUUUGCAAAAAUAACAUUCUAAUAUUUAUUGAAAUCACUUAAUUUGCACACCCUGUAUCCUACACAAAAUAAUAAUGUAUAAAAUAUGAGAAUUAAGUUUAAGUUAAAUUGUGACUUAUUCAUUGUAGCAGAACUUUAAAUUGCCCAGCUUUUUGAAGAUUCAAGCUAUGUUGUUAGUACUUCCCAACAUCUGUGCCAUAAGUGCUUGAAAAUAUUAGGACUUUCUUUUUUUUAAUUUUUUAAUAUAAAAGUAACCAGUAUGAAAUCAUUGUUGGAGUCAUAUCCAUGGAUAUUCAAGGUGAUGGGAGCCCGCAAAUAUUCUAACUAGAUUUACUAGCAUGUGCCUUUUGCCUAUUUCUUCUUUAACUUAGCAAAAUAUUUACUGCAAAAAUCACUGUUAUGUUAUCAUGGUGGAUUUCCACUGUUCUAGUUGUUUUCCUUUGGAUUCCCAUCACUGGUGCUGCUCGGUGGCUACACGUAGACUUGCAGUGAAGAAAUGCAGAGCCAGCCAGUGUUGUCCUGUUUCAAGGUUGAACUCUCAAUUCUUGUGAGUGAGUUGAUUCACCGGCUUCUGCAGGAUCAAGCAGUUCUGGUGUCAAGAAAUUCACCUUCCUCAAUCUAGUGAAAUACAGACUUCAUUCAUCAGGACCAAGUGAAUUUGUUUAUAUCCCAUCAGUUUUAAUGGAGCUACACAGUUAAUAUAUUUAUCACUUCAGAACAAGACCUAUGUUCAAGGAACCAAAUCACAGUCUUUGUGUGAAACAAUAGAUCCCAUGGAAGAAGACCUUUUUCAAGUGUGUUUUGUUCUGUAUUUAUGUUAUAAUUUAAAAACUUGAUUGCCUUUUAAGAACAUUUCUGCCUACCACUAAUGGAUUUUUGUUGCAAAAUAUAUCAAGGACCCAUAUCAGACACACCAAUUGAAUCAUGAUAAACAAAAUGAAAAAGGAAAAUU